AGGGAGGAAGGGAGGCGCUGUGCUCCGCCCCGGCCCCGCGGAGCUGCGCGGAGAGGCGCGGAGCGGGGAUGCUCAGGAUGUCCUUCAAGAAAGAAACACCGCUCGCCAAUGCUGCAUUUUGGGCUGCAAGAAAAGGAAACCUGGCUCUCCUCCAGCUGCUGCUGAACAGCGGGCGAGUAGAUGUGGACUGCAAAGACAGUCUUGGCACAACAGCUCUGAUGGUCGCAUCUUACCAUGGCCACAUAGAUUGUGUACGGGAAUUGGUGUUGCAAGGAGCAGAUAUCAAUCUGCAGAGAGAGUCAGGUGCAACUGCUCUGUUCUUUGCUGCACAGCAAGGCCACAAUGACGUGGUGAAGUUUCUCUUUGAAUUUGGUGCCUCCACUGAGUUUAAGAAUAAGGAUGGAGGUACUGCUCUUCUAGCUGCUUGUCAGUAUGGGCAUGCAAAGGUAGUGGAAACUCUGUUGAAGCAUGGUGCCAACAUUCAUGAUCAACUUUACGAUGGAGCUUCUGCAAUUUUCUUGGCAGCGCAAGGAGGCUAUCUGGAUGUCAUCCGAUUGCUCCUUUCUUCAGGAGCAAAGGUUAACCAGCCACGACAGGUUCCCAUGGAGGUGCUUCACCAAAAGGACGGGACAGCACCCCUGUGGAUCGCGUCGCAGAUGGGCCACAGCGAAGUGGUGCGAGUCAUGCUGCUGCGGGGAGCUGAGCGGGACGCCGCGAGGGAUGAUGGUACAACUGCUUUGCUGAAGGCUGCCAUUAAAGGGUACAACAAUGUGAUAGAAGAGCUACUUAAAUUCUCUCCCACCCUUGGCCUGCUGAAGAAUGGGACCUCUGCUCUCCACGCGGCUGUUCUGAGCGGCAAUGUGAGGACGGUAGCACUGCUGCUGGAGGCAGGAGCAGACCCGUGCCUGAGGAACAAGGCAAACGAGCUGCCAGCAGAGCUAACGAAAAAUGAACGCAUCCUCCGACUCCUUCGCACAAAGGAAAAGCAAAGGAAGAGCUAAUGCUGCCCUGUAGCAAAUGUGGUUUGAUGGAGCUGUUCCCUGAUGACACUAUCAUGACAGUAAACCUAGAUUGCCCAAGAAGGUCUUUUUGGAACAGUUUGCAGAACUGAUCAGCCUCUCCAGUAUAUGCUCAUGAACACGAGGCCCUUGCGAUGGAGUCGCCAUGCCCUCGGGCCUGCAUCUGGCAUCGCUGAACUCAGAAGGACCGCAACAGGAGUAGGGUUUGGCCUGAGAGCAGUGUUUGCCCUGCAGCCCUACCUACGCUCCCGGGCCCCACCAGUCCCAGCACCAACGUUAGCUCCUCCACGCCUGCAGUGUACACAUCCCCAUGCACCUGAGUGCUCCCGCUGUUUCGGAGAUGCGCCCCUCUACUGGCAUGGCCACACGCCUGCAAUGAGUGCCUUGGGGUGCACUCAUGGGUUGGGAGCACUCAGCCCUUGUGCCAAAAGGACGCCCAGGUCUUGCAGCUGUUUGGAGUCAGCUGGUCCUCAUGGUGCUGCUGCCCUCCCUUUGGUGGCAGUGCUGCCUCUGCCGAUUCCUCUGUACCUCCAAGUGCCAUGUAGGGCUACAGGUGACAUCCCAUCUACAACAGCCCAACAGGAAAAGUCCUCCUGCCAGUCCAGGGCUUUGAUAACAUUUUUGUUUCUACGUGGCGCUCCAUAAAAUGAUCCAGAGCAUUACGAAUUAUGCCAAAAGCUACCGAAAAAAUAAUAAGAAAGAUGAUUUUCUCCUUGGUGUAGCAUCUGGAUCUUUUUGCAAUGUAUAUGCAGUGCUGUGGGAAGGCACCCCCAGCCCUACAGCGUACAUAUGUGCAUUUCCACGAGCAGGGGAAGAACAGUUAAUGAGCAAACCAACCAGAGUAUACCAUUCAAUAGCUCAAGUACACCAGAAAUUUGGCUGUCAGUACAGAUGCUAUGCAGAUGCUUAACAGUACAGAUGCUAUACAAGUAAUCUAUGUUCUGCAUGACCCUGUAUGUGACACUAUGGUUUGGUAUCCAUAACUACUAUGCAAUGCACUUGUUCUCAAAUUCUGUGGCAGGAGUUAAGGGAGAAGUGCACAGUUGUACAAGUGUUCAAACAGCUGGUGAGAGGAUUACAUGUAGCCACGCUCAAACAGGCCCACUAAUUAACAUGGGCCUGGAAAAUGAACUCUCAACAGCAAUUUUGGCCUUUGUUGUGGUUGAGAUGCUUAGAAUAAGACAUGCUACUAGUGCCUGUGUGGAGAAGGCAGUGCAAAUUGUUAAGGUUUUGUAAAGAACUAUGUUAUAAGCAUGUUGUUGUAAGAUGCUACAUCAAAACUCAGUCAUUCCUGCAGUAUAAACAUAUACUAAGUCUUGUUAGCCGCAAACACAUCACAGAUCAUUUUACACUGAGUCGAGUUAUAAUGUCAGUCAGUAUAUAAAUCCAGGGGCUUCAUCUGUCUUCAGACCUUGGCAAUUUACUGAAAAAUUGCUUAAGAUGUUGAGGACAGAGAAGAUUGAAAGGAGACUCAGAAUGGUCUCUGCUUAAAAAAUAUCUGCCUGGGAUUCAGCUGAAUUGUUGCACUUUGCUUCAGUGAGUUUAAAAAAAAAUUGAGUGAGUUUGCACAAAUGAAUGUAGUUUACUGAGAACAAAUUAGCCAUAUAUAUUGCCAAAUCAUAAAGUUAUUCUUCUUGUGAGUAAGUUAGAUAAGAAGUUGGGGUUCUGGUGAAGAGUGCAGAAGUGGGCAUACCUUUGCUUGCAAGCUGAAAUUGCUACUCGAUUUCUAUUCAGCAUUAAAAAGAAAAGCUUUAAGUUUUCCAACAACAUAAGACAACACCAGAAAGAAAUCUCUUUGUUUAGGUAAUUCAUGCUGUCGUAUUUUUCAAUUAAAAUAAUGUUGUGCCUAACUGAAACUUGCAGACAAACUGGUACAGAACCAAAGAAUUAUGCAAGACGUGCAGAGGAUGAUUGUAUCCAGGGUUCAAUCCUGUGACAGACUAAAAAAUAUUGAGCACGCAGAAAUCUCAAGAGCCUUAUUGGGAACUUAAGUUGCACAGCAUUUUAUGGGACUGGACUUCUUUAACAAGUAACGCUGAAGAGGGUAGGUUCGUCUGGAGCCCCCAGUGGGUCAAAAAUGAACAUUUUGCUUUGGAGAAAGCCAGAGGGACUCUAGGUAGCCCUGCCAUGAUACUGGUCUUUCUCCUUAAAGUUUCUUCAGAUCAACAGCUGGGAACAACCACACUGUUAAGAUAAAAGGCCCUUUCAUAGUUGUAAAGGAGGAGGAUAAUCACUGGAAGGACUUCAGUAGCCAGCGAUUCUGGGUGAGCAAUAAAUACUAUCAGACAGGCUGUAACGAUCAAUUUUCCUAAAAUGUGGAAGCAUCCACUGUUGGUGAGGGUCUCCUAUUUCUCUUGAUGUCAGAGUGUAGGGGAGAGGAUAGGGAAAGCCAGCAGUGGCCCUGUGAUGGCUGAAGUGAACAUGCUGGGAGACCAACCUGCAGCUGUCUAGUAUCCACAGGCAGUCUCUCCUUUCUGCCAGGUAUAUUUUCUUUUUUUGAGUAGUCUCACCCCAAAAGGGGCAGCUACUUGGCAAAAGAGCUUCUUGAAAGAUGCCUGUCCAUGGGAAAAUGCUCUCCACCACUUAUAGUAGGACUUUCCAAGUCCUGUUUCCACCUUCCUCCAUGACUGGUUACCACCAGGGCCUAGGUUGUAGUACAACCAGUGAGGAACAUCUGGGAUGCCACAUCCUAUACAGGGUAUCUGCUGACCUCCUUCUGAGUAGAUACAGUUACCAGGUCCUCUUUUCUGAAUAAUAUUGGGCUACAACUGGCUUUUGUUUAUAGACAAUAUUUGAAAUGUGGAGCUACCACAGGUUGAAGGGAGAAGCCUGUAGCUCCCUCUUGGCUCUCAUUAAUGCUGGGUGGUAGGGCACGCAGGCCUUGGACCAGCGGUGGAGUACUGGCAGCAAAGGCUUUCUCUGCCACAUUCAGGCUGAAGUUGAAUCUAGCUUCAGCAAAGACACUCUUCAUCCAGCUUGGGAUUUUAAGCACGGAGAGCUCCCCAUUGGGAGCAUUUGUUUCAUCUCAGAGCCUUUGAGGAGAGGGCCGUUUGUGAUUUUGAGUUCCCAGUAACCAAAAGGUGCUUAUUCUACCUGUAGAUGGGCUUGGACGUUGCAAUACUGUUCCUCACCAUGCAAUUAACCUUUUCACAAAGAAACCUUAAUAAUUCUUAGUAUUUACGUAGCCACUGUUAUCUCUAAAGUGCUCAGUAAACACUGCUGUGGUUUGUUUAUUGUUCUAAACUGGAAACCUGCUUCCCCUUCUUGGCUGAAGUGAUUUACUGAUGUCAACAGUAGUUCUUUGCAUAGUUGUAGUGCCUUUUGUGCAAGGCUUUCAGAGUGCUCUGUGGAAGCUCCAAAACCUAUUGGGCAAGGAAAUAGAUGAUUUCAUACACACACCGGUGAAAUGCAGCAACUGCUCAUCUGUUCAUGUUAAUGGGCAAAUUUAGACCAGAAAUUAAGGGACACCAAGUCUGCUUCCUAGAUGUCAGGAUGAACUAGAGUGGGGACAGGAUAACAGGCCCAAAUGUUUUCAUUUCAACAUCCAGGGGCCCAGCCUGCUGCCCUCUCUACCUGGGAUUUAUGCAGGGCUGGUGACUUCCCAGCAGCUCCAAGUGAGUACAAAGGAGGUGCAAGAACAUGUGACACAGGAGUCGAGGAAAAGUACAGAGCGCCAUGCCUUUAUUUCACUGAUAUCAAGCCAAUGUAAGAUAAGGAAAAGUGCAAGGAAGGGCCUGUGGUGCACAGAGAGAACGGGAUCCUACCAGUGACAUGGUGGUGGUGUAGCCUCAGAGCUCCCAUAUACACAGAGCUCUUCAUUUCAGAUGAUCACUGGUGUGCAGUGUGCAGGGACAGGUAUUUGGUAAUGACACAAAAGGCAAUGUCAUACCCCCGACCUAAUGCCUCUUCUUGCACUCACCAUUCUUUCCUUGCAGCGAAGUUGUCUCGCUGGUGAUCCACCUCCCUUUGUUUAGUUUAGAAGAGCUGAGAGUCUCUUCUAGGUUAAAGCACCCGAUCAAAGAGCUGCAGGUGACAUUUAAUGCACUUUAACAAUGAUUGUUUGUCUCAAAGUCGGAGCCUUAUCACAAGAAUAAUUUACAUUUUAUUCCGCCAAUCAUAGUGACUACUGGGAAAUCCGUAAGUAAACCAAAUUUCAUGUUGUCCUGGAAAUUUCAGAAUUGUUGUACUGAAAAUGAGGUAGCACAAAAACUGGCCUGUUUGUCCUCCCCUUAAUACAAACACUGAACAGACAUAAAAUACUGCCUUUGUUUGGAAACCUUGUCAUUGUGCCACACUCCUUGAGUCAGUGGUGACAAAAUGUUAAUGUAUGCUAGGAAUGCAACCAAAGAUCAUACACACGGCUCUUUUUUCCAGCGAUGGAGUGAUGUACUGCACAUACAGGACUAAACGGAGUUGUGGCUUCUCACAGUAGCUCUGCAGAAGGUCCAUGCAAAUGUCAUGUUCAUACUUUCCUGAAUUCUGGUUUCUUUUGACCCGCCCUUUUAUGCAUUUCAUAAAACCUAUACAAAUUUAUGUAUUUCAGUGUAAGAUUAAUAUUCUACAACGGGAACAUUGCUUUGCUGAAACACACUUUUCCACACCGUCAUUUCAAUAAAAAUGAACAUACUGCUCAGAUUAUCUUAACUACUCGUACACUUCAAUAUUUAUUUGCCUUCUUCUGUAUCCUAUUCUUUCUAUUUGCAGAAUUCCAGAAUUAAUUUUCUAUUCUUGUUAAGACCACUUUAUUCUGUUCCACUUGAUUCAUUAGACCAUUUUCCAGGCCUUUACAGAUGAGAUAGCAUUCACAAAACAAACAGAGCCAAUGCCCUGGCUUGAAAAACAGGAAAAUUUAAUUUAGCAUGACAUAAUGAGGUUUGUUUCAGAUCCAGACCUCACUGGCAGACUCCCCUUGACAUUAAUAUCCAUUAAGUCAGAUCUGAAGGAAAGAUUUCAAAAAAGCAACUUUGGGAACAAAGGAGUAUGACUAUGCUUUUAUUCAGUUAGUCAAACAUGCCUUGGUGUUUCAGUUAUUAUUCCUAAAUGUAAAACUGGUCCUUAUGCUGAUUUGACCCGCUUCAGUUUAAAAAAUAAAAAAUAAAGUCUACAUCCCGCUGAUAUGCUUAGUAUAGUAAGCAGUGGAUUGUAAUUGUUAUAAAAGGGAAAAAGAGUCUACACUGAAAACUCUAUUUUUGACCUUGUGUUUGACAUCCCAAGCUUUUUGCCUUAUUACUACAAUUUUCUGUUGUGAUGAGCUACAUUUUCAAUCGAUGUCAAAAAUCCCUACAGUCGCAAGUCAAUAAACAAUCUCCAUCUGUACAGAGAA